AUGGCUCCAGCUCAAAAGAAACAAAAGAUUGGUUCUUCCUUAGAUCAAUUAAAAGCUUCUGGUACUGUUGUGGUUGCAGACACUGGUGAUUUCGAAUCCAUUGCUAAAUUCACCCCACAAGAUGCUACCACUAAUCCAUCUUUGAUCUUAGCUGCAGCUAAAAUCGAUACCUAUGCCAAAUUAAUUGACAAUGCUGUUGAAUACGGUAAAGAACAUGGAAAUACCACGGAAGAAAAAGUUGAAAUUGCCGUUGAUAGACUAUUAGUUGAAUUCGGUAAAGAGAUAUUGAAAAUCGUUCCAGGUAGAGUCUCCACCGAGGUGGAUGCUAGACUUUCCUUUGACAAGGAUGCCACUAUCAAGAAAGCCCUUGAGAUCAUCAAUUUGUACGAAGAAGUCGGUAUCUCUAGGGAAAGAGUUCUAAUUAAGAUUGCUUCCACUUGGGAAGGUAUCCAAGCUGCCAGAGAAUUGGAAGCUGAGUAUGGUGUCCACUGUAACUUAACUUUAUUAUUCUCCUUCGUUCAAGCUGUCGCUUGUGCCGAGGCUAAUGUCACUCUAAUCUCUCCAUUCGUUGGUAGAAUUAUGGAUUGGUUCAAAGCCAAGACUGGUGAAACUUACACUCCAGAAACUGAUCCAGGUGUCAAGUCCGUUAGAAGAAUUUACAACUACUACAAAAAACACGGUUAUAACACCAUUGUUAUGGGUGCCUCCUUCAGAAAUACUGGUGAAAUCAAGGCCUUAGCUGGUGUCGAUUACUUAACUAUUUCUCCAGGUUUAUUAAAUGAAUUAUUAGAAUCUAACGAGCCAGUCCCAACUUUACUAACUGUUGAACAAGCUAAGAAGGAUGGUGAUGAAAAGAUCUCUUAUGUCAAUGACGAAGCUGCUUUCAGAUUCGAUUUGAAUGAAGAUGCUAUGGCUACUGAAAAAUUGGCAGAAGGUAUUAGAAAAUUCUCUGCCGAUAUCAAGACUUUGUUCAAGAUUGUUGAAGAAAAAAUCCUCGCUUGA